CUAUUUGUCACCAUUCAGUUCAGAUCAAAGGUCAAGGUGGGACUACUCACUGCAUUAGACAAGUAGGCGACAGGCAACUCCUUUCGAGUUACACGUCUGUGUUUUAGCAUAGCUCGAAAAUCAGAUAAAUGGCAGCCUAUAAAUUGGUGCUGAUUCGGCAUGGGGAGAGCAACUGGAACCAGGAGAAUCGAUUCUGUGGCUGGUUCGAUGCCGAUUUGAGCGAAACCGGAGAACUGGAGGCAAAGCGUGGAGGACAGGCCCUGAAAGAUGCUGGGUGUGGGUUUGAUGUGUGCUACACCUCCGUCCUGAAACGGGCCAUCAAGACUCUGUGGUUGGUUCUGGACAGUAUCGACCAGAUGUGGGUGCCGGUCUACCGGACCUGGCGCCUGAACGAGCGUCACUAUGGUGGCUUGACUGGACUGAACAAGGCAGAGACGGCCGCCAUGCAUGGAGAGGCACAGGUUAAGAUCUGGAGAAGAUCUUUUGACAUCCCUCCUCCCACCAUGGAUCCAGACCAUGAUUUCUACACAGUCAUCAGCAAGGACCGUCGCUAUGCUGAAUUAUCAGAGGAGCAGCUUCCUUCCUGUGAAAGCUUGAAGGACACCAUUGCCAGGGCACUGCCCUUCUGGAAUGAUGAAAUUGCCCCGAAGAUCAAACGGGGGAAGAGGGUGCUCAUAGCUGCCCAUGGAAACAGCCUCAGGGGUAUUGUUAAGCACCUGGAGGGUAUGUCAGAGGAGGCCAUUAUGGAGCUUAAUCUGCCCACAGGCAUCCCCAUUCUCUAUGAGUUGGACAAGAACCUGAAACCUGUCAAACCCAUGCAGUUCUUGGGAGAUGAAGAGACCGUACGGAAAGCUAUGGAAGCUGUUGCUGCCCAGGGGAAGGCAAAGUAGAAAUGGAUUAAAAAAAAGUCUGUGCCACAGGGAGUAGAUAGACAUUAUACUUAACCACAGACGAGCUUACUAUUCCAUAAUCUAUACCGUGUUUGGGAACUUCAAAUAUAUAAAUUAGAUUACACUGCCUUAAAUAG